UGGUUAAGCAAAAAAACAUGGCCGCAAUAUUAAGUUAGGCUGUCAGUCGAGGUUCCGUAAAGUAACGAAAAAAUAUGUAAAUAAAUUUUAGUGCUUGUGCAGAGUGAUCUAUGAAUGAAACAAAUAACUCCGUGCUUGAUCAGUGCCUUCUUUUAAAUACCAUGUGAAAGUGAAGUGAUUGUAAAGUGUUGUUAAAUGAACACCUGGUAAAUCGUCAACCGGGCUUUAUAUUUAUAAUGGAAAUAAUUAAUAUCUCCAGGACAUUAAAACGGAUUAUCAUUUUAACUUGACUUGACGAUCUCAACGGAUGCCUCCGUUGGUGGAGCACUGUCAGCUGAGGUCCAUGGAAGCGUCCAGAAAUGGAGACAUGGUCAGCUCGGUUCGUGUCAUCAGCGUUGGGGGUGGGGUGCACGGGACAAGACCCGCCACGCCCUAUCUGCGCACUGCGCUCUACGACUACGACGCGCAGGGGGAGGACGAGCUGUCACUGCGCAAGGGUCAAAUUGUCGAGGUGCUGUCGGAGGACGCCAAAAUUUCCGGCGACGAGGGCUGGUGGACGGGGAAGAUUGGCGACAAAGUCGGCAUCUUCCCAUCAAACUUCGUCGCUGAUGACGACUCGCCGGAGUCGAUCAACCACGUCAACUCCAUUAUAGCGGACAUUGAACCCAUAAAGAUCGACUUCCACAAUCUCCAACUGGAGGAGGUGAUCGGUGUCGGCGGUUUCGGUAAGGUGUACAGGUGCAUGUGGGAAAACCGCGAGGUCGCAGUGAAGGCCGCACGACAGGAACAGGACACGGACAUUUCAGUGACUUUAGAUAAUGUGAUCAAAGAAGCGAAACUGUUUUGCUUACUGAGACAUGAGAACAUAGUGUCGUUGGAGGGUGUGUGUCUUGAGGUGCCGAACCUGUGUCUGGUUUUGGAGUACUGUCGAGGUGGUUCUUUGAACAGGGUGCUGGCCGGCAGGAAGAUCCGGCCCGACGUUUUGGUGGAUUGGGCCAUACAAAUCGCUAGGGGGAUGCAUUAUCUGCAUUGCCAAGCACCCAUCUCGCUUAUACAUCGUGACCUUAAAAGCUCCAACGUUCUCCUUUACGAGGAGAUUGAGCACGACGAUCUCCAGUACAAAACAUUGAAGAUCACCGACUUCGGCCUCGCCAGGGAGGUGUACAAGACGACACGGAUGUCGCAGGCGGGCACCUAUGCAUGGAUGGCACCGGAGGUGAUCAAGAACUCGACGUUCUCGAAGAAAAGUGACGUGUGGAGUUACGGCGUGCUGCUGUGGGAGCUACUUACCGGCGAAAUACCUUACAAGGGUAUCGAUACGCUGGCCGUUGCCUACGGGGUGGCCGUCAAUAAGCUGACGCUUCCCAUACCUAGUACCUGUCCCGAACCAUGGAGGGAACUCAUGAAAAGUUGUUGGGACUCAGAACCGCAUGAGCGACCAACUUUUGAACGAAUCCUGGAAAAACUAGACAACAUAGUGCAUUCAUCGUUUACCCAAGAACCGCACGAAAGUUUUCAUCAAUUGCAAGACGGCUGGAGGAAGGAGAUCGAAGAGGUCCUUUUGGAUUUACGUAGGAAAGAAAAGGCUUGUAGAUCAUACGAAGAGGAACUGCGCUGUAGAGAAGAGGAUUUGAGCAGAGCCCAAGAACAACUGAGACAAAAAGAGCAGGAGCUUCAAGCACGUGAAAUAGAUCUACUCCAUCGCGAAUUACACUUCAUGAUCAAUGCACAACAGCCAAAACCCACGCCUAAUAAACGAAUAGGAAUAUUUAAGAAAAACCGACUGAAGCUGAUUAAAAAGGAACCUGGUACCACUAUCAGUUCGCCAAGCGACUUUCGACAUACCAUAACUGUCCAACACACUCCCAACAGUCCACCCGGGUCCCCAGCUAUUCGUCUGCGAGCAAUAGCACUACCAGCGGAUGGUGUAAAGGGCAAAACCUGGGGACCUAGUACAUGCCAUCAAAGGGAACGGGGGCAGAUAACCAAUCUGCGACCAGUAGCUCCCAACAACUGGUCGAAAAGCGCCCCCAACUUGGACAAGACGAGGAGUGCCCUCGCCCGACCCCAGAACGAAAUAGAUUACGCACCUCCAGAAGAUUGGGGUCCUGAAUGUCCCAUUCCAAUGCCUGGAACAUUAAGGCACAACGUACCCAUACCAACAUUAUAUAGUACUGACGGACAACGGAUAAAACCCAAAUGGGGCAUUGUGGAAUUAGUUCUAUAUAAUAUUGCGGCCAUGUUAGCUGGUGUAGCAUCUGGAUACGACGUUCGAUUAUCGAAUGUUUCACCGUUACAUCCUAGAUUGCAGCCUAAUCGACCCGAGACCGACCUACCGGCAUGGCGACCUGUGGAAAAUCAGGAUUACGAAUACUCGACCUCAUCUGGCUACAGUCAUAAUACUUACCACGGUCCCACCAGGCAUUACCGACCAAUGCUCACGGGAUCCCAGCUAAUGAACCUCCAAAACGACGAAAUGAAACCGCUUAGAUUCACCGACUCACCUCAGCACCAUCCCCCGAAUCCCUCACCCAGACGAAAAAGUAGUUCCACAAGCAACGACGGUUCGGAAUUGUAUGUGCCAUACGAAAGAAGUGCCACCAUUUAUAUACCCGGUGAAUAUCACGGUGCCCAGAACGAAUUUAUCGGCGGUGCCAUUAAAACUGAACCCGGCGUAAACUACAGUUAUAGUACUAACUACACUGAUCCAACUUACGGGGGCUACAGCUCAGAAUACAGCGGUACCACUAUGUACGGAUAUGGAACUGAUUAUGCAUACGACAACCCUAGUAGUAUUAGCAGUCACAGUGGUUCUAGAACCCCCCAAAGGUUACCUGUUCAUACUCAUAGAAGAACCAACUCAAACGUGUCUAACGCUAGUAGCACCACAACGAGUGGAUCAAAUAUUAAUCCUAGUUUUAGAUUAGAAGAGGAGUACACUCCGACUCACUACUUACGACGACCACAGUACGAAUAUGAAUAUAACCCGAAUUAUUCAAGACAAAAUUCCCACGACUCAAACUUUGAGAGGCCGACUACUUUGGAAACUACAGGCUACACAAAACUCCGAUCAAGUCUGAAAAGGAACAAUUAUCAGGCCACACAGGGUCAUUCUGGAGGAAACACUCCGACAAAUCCUACGCCACCUGAUAGCUUAACAAGCGACGACAGUUCGUAUGUCUCAGCGAAAGACAGCAAUUGUAGCGUGAGUCGAGUCAGAUUCUCGCCGACGACGCUCAUUGAUUUGCCGGUUCCGGGACAGAACCAGGAUACGACAAUUCCUUUACCUGUCAGACGGCCCAGGCAGAGGCCAUCUUUGGCUGAAAUGGAGCGAGAGUUUUUAUCAUAACCUAAGUUCGUACUAUUAAUUUAGUUGCAAUGUAGCUUAUGUAAAAUUGUAAUGAAUAAUAAUUGUAGAGUUGGAGUUGUUUCGAUUCAAAAGCAGAGUACGCUUUAGUUGAUUUAUUGCAAAAUCAUCUGGAAGGUUAUCAACUUUUUGUAUACAGUAUUUAGAUUAUUACAUGUCCCACAUGCAAAAUCUAAUAAUGAACUACCUACUAGAAAAUUAUUUAUCUAAUUAAUUAUUUUAAAGAAAUUUUUAGAGAUCUUAAAUUUUCACUAGUCCAUUUCAAGUUAAUUGUCCGUAACCUUAUUUUAACAAUAGUAAAAUCUUCAAAAAACCAUUAUCCACAUAGUAAUUACUAUAUAUGAAAUAAUUGUAUCUAAUCAAUUUUACUAUCAAAAAUUUGUUUAUAAAUAAAUGUUCCAGAUGUCAUCUACUUGAACAACUCCUUUAAUAUUCCGUUUGAGUAUGGUGGUCAAAACACCUUAUUGUUAGUCUAGACAUUCUUAAUUUUAUAUGAGAUGUUCUUUCAUCUCUAUUUAAAAGAUUAAAUUGUAAAAAAUAAUAUAUUUUAUGAUAAACAAAAAAUUAUUAAUGGCAAUAAAAUGUCAAAAAUAUAUCAUUUUUGGAUAAAAUUAUAAAAAUAAAAAAAUAUAAAAACAAGUUAAAUGAAUAUAAAUAUUAUUUAGUACUAAUUUUAUCUUUUUGUAUAAUCUAGUCAAAAAUAUUUAGGGCUAGUGUCCUGAAUUAUUGAUUUUAAAUUUUACACUUUUAUUUUACCAGAAAAAUUUACCAUCAUUUUCCAGUAGAAAUUAAAAAAAUGCUGUAUUGUAUAUGUUCUGUACCAAUAUUAUUAAAAAUAAAGUGAAUACUUACAUGUUCCUUUUACUUAAUUAUGUAACUGCCAUGUUAAGACUUCCUACGGUUAAGUUACUUCGUUAAUUUAAAUAUUGGUCCACUAAAGCGUAUUAUAAAACUUUAUUAGGUUUUAAGUCUUAAUUUAUUACAUUAGAUUAAAAUUGACUAGUCUUAAUUUAUAAAAUGCGUCUGAAAUUCCAAUUCUACAAUAUCAUUAACCGCUGUAAAUUAUUGUGUACCAUAAAUAUGUAUUUUGAAAAUCAUUAAAAUUCAAUAACAUUGAAUGAAUUUAAAAUUUCUCCAUUUAAGGUAUCCGAAAAACAAUAGUAAGUCAUAAACUACCACUAUUCCAUAGUGUAUUGGAGAAAUAUGUUUUGAUUCAGUUUUAUUGAAAUGGAAGCUCAAAUCAAUUGUAAUUUAAAUGUAUAAAAUGCAACUGAAUUUGUAAAUUACACAAUCCAUAGUGCCUGCCCGCUGUAUGCAGCUUUUUUAUACACUCUCAAUACAAAUAAAUCUUUGUGAAAAUUAGAAAAACUGUUAGAAGGCAAACAACUGGCCUACACAUUACCCAAUAUGCAAAUUCACACAACAGCAGCUUUUUACUAGUUUUUCAUUUUCUUUAGAUAUAUUUGUUGGUGAUAUAUAAGAUUUUAGUCAUUAAUGUGCAAUUUUGCAUUACUUUAUUUUAUUAUUAUUUUUUUAAAUUGACGUACGUAAUUGAGAUUGUAGCUAAUUAGUAGACAUUUUGGUGAUGGAACAUUUUUGAAAUAUUUAAUUCAUCAUCUUAUUGUGUAGAAAUUUUUAAGAAUGCAAUAUUUUGUUUUAUAGACUGUUUUAAACAUUCCAAUACGCGAUUAAUAAAGUCGACCAAUUUCCAGAUGAGUAUACACGAAUCAUUAUUUAAAUAUAUUAAGGGAAAUCAUUCUUUUUAUUCACUAAUAUUUUUCGCAUACAUUAACACAAGCAAUGCAAAAUUUUAUAUCUAGAAAAUGCUCAACACACACCACCAUAGAAAUGAUAGUGCGUUGAUUUUGACAUUGCAAUUUACAUGUUUUUAUUAAACUUUAGCAAAUAAUAAUUAAAUUUAUUAUUUGACAAAUCAAACGAUUAUUUAAGUAAUAUAUAAUUGUGGCCAUGAUUUUAAAUAUAAUGAUGUUCAGUAUUGACAGAUAAUACAUAUUUGUAUAUAUUAUAUAUUGUAGAAUUUAGUUACAAUAUUGUGGCUUCCACAUAAAAUAUCAUUUAGAUUUAUUUAUUAAAUAAAAACUGUUAUAUAUAAUACAUUCCGAAGAUUGUCUUAACACAAGGUUAUUAUACUUAAUACUCAUAUUGUGUGAAUGGUACUGUAACAAUUCAAAAUAGAAUUUGUAAAAACUAAA